AUGUUCGGCACAAAUUUCUCCGGUUCUUUCUGUGGCAAUAUCCCAAAUAAUGACGUUGCAACGGCUCGGGGCGAUCUUAACGCAAUGGUAACGCCUGCGGACAGGCGUUUUAGUUUUGACUUUAACGUCAUUGAAGUCGAUGACCUUCUCGCUUCGACUUCAAGCCUCACUAUCGAGGAUGAUGCCUGGCUAAAGGCUCUUAGCAGUGAUGAUUGGGAAACGCAGUUAGGCCUUACGGCAUCUCCUCUUAUGUCCGACUCUUCAUCGCUUUCGACACUUUCGUGUUCCUCUUCGAACUCUGCGUCUGCAUCUCCGCAGCCGUCACCUGUCUAUGUGUCGCCAGAACUACCGGAAAUGCAGCUCUUUCCACCCUUUGAUUCCAUGUUCAAUGAUGGUUUUACUUCGACUGGGCUUCAACAAGUGCAAUGUCCAAGUGCAAGCACCAGCGGUUCAAGGGCUUUACUCGAUCACAAUGGCGAGACCUUACAGGAGGACGCACUGAACUGGGAUACUAGCCAGCAUACUGUUGAUGGAAUUUGCAAAGCUAUGGAUUCUAGACAGCAUGGCAUACCUAAUAACGACGCCUUGGAAGGCAAUGCUCCAAUCGUACAUACAGGGGUGCAAUUGCAGACCGAAACAGAAGAACCAAUACCCUUGCUGGACCGAACAUUCAGCCCACGUCGCGCAGCGUCUAUUACGAAACGUCGACUAGAAGUGUUAUUCAAGGACGAAGAAGUAGAUGAAGAAGACGACUUCGGCGGGACCGAAGUACAGCUUUCCAGAAACGCCCGAAUACGGAAAUCCUCUACGAAUAUUAAUAGCAAAAACAAGACUACGUCGGGAAAACACGCCUCGAAGAAAAGAAGGGUACAGAGUUCGACUAGUAUCGAUUAUGACUCGUUUGAUGAUACGAGUGACUCGGAUUCGGACGAGGAACGAGUAAAGAAGAAGCCAGCGCCUAUGUCGUCGCCAAACGCCAGGACUACUUCUACUACUAGACGAAUAACCUAUACCGACCUCGUAUCAUCACAGCACCCCAUUACCCGUCCAUCGAUAACAAGUACCUUCAUGCUCCCACCAUCCGAUUGCAGGUCCUGCGUUGGAGGCUUCGCGCGUAUUGGUGACCUUAUCCGACAUCUCAAGGCGUAUCAUCAAGCACAUGAUGAAGACAAGGCGCUCGCAUGCUCAGGUUGUGGGACACAGUUUUCUAGGAGUGAUGCGUUAAGGAGACAUCGGGAGAAGGGAACGUGUAAGGGGAAGAAGAGAAAGAGGCGAAUGAGGAGGUGGGAAGUAGAGGCCGCUCUUGCGAUGCGAACAGAGAGGGCUGAACGUGGCUCGUCAUGA